AGGAGGAGCAGGCGGGACCUCUGCGGGCAGAUCCGCUUACAGAUCAGCUCCUGGGAGCGGCCACUGAGAAACUCCUGGGUCCACCACGCACAGCUGGACAGAGCACGCCCCCCUCCUUGCUCCCACCUAGCCAGAGGGGGCAGUUUCCCAGGGAAAGGUGUCAAAAGGUUCCAGCAUGGAGACCAAAAAGGUGCUGUAACCCGCUAACCAUGGUCUUGUUUUAAUACUGUAUACGCGUCAUUGUGGAACCGAGGGACACUGCAUUUCCUGACCACCCCCCUAACAAGGAUUUGAUACAAUAAAUAUUCAUGUUUACACAUCGACUCUUCUAUGAAGGAGUCUCACAUCGUUCUCCUCAGUUAUACCACGCGAUUCUUUCUGGUUUCUUUCUUCCCUGAAGAGCAAUGGGGAUGCUAUUAAGUGGAAGAGGAUUGUUCCUAUGUAUAAUUUUCUUCCUGUUAAAAUCCUCAACAGCAAUUGAAAUACCACUCUCAGUCCAACAGGUUCCAACAAUUACAAAACAGUCAACAGUGCAAGUUGCUUUUCCUUUCGAUGAGUAUUUUCAAAUAGAAUGUGAAGCUAAAGGGAAUCCGCAGCCAACUAUGAGAAUUCUUCAAGAAGUAAUGAUGGAGGCAAGGGAGGACACUGGGAUGAAUGAAAGAGUUAAAGACAGCAGAGGUGUUCCAAAAUUCCCCAAAGAGAAAAUUGAUCCUCUGGAAGUAGAGGAGGGAGAUCCAAUUGUCCUCCUGUGCAACCCCCCCAAAGGCCUUCCACCUUUACACAUUUAUUGGAUGAAUAUUGAAUUGGAGCACAUUGGGCAAAAUGAGAGAGUAUACAUGAGCCAACAGGGAGAUCUAUACUUCGCAAACGUGGAAGAAAAAGACAGUCGGAAUGAUUACUGUUGCUUUGCUGCAUUUCCAAGAUUAAGGACUAUUGUACAGAAAAUGCCAAUGAAACUAACAGUUAACAGUUUAAAGCAUGCUAAUGAGUCAAGUUCAUCCACAGACGUUGGUUCCAAGGCAAAUUUGAUUAAGGAAAGAAAACCCAGAUUGCUAUUGCCCCCAAAGGAUAGUGGCAGUAGUUCCGACAUCAUCAUCCUCAAAGGGGACACCUUGAUCCUUGAGUGUUUUGCUGAAGGCCUGCCAACUCCACAGAUUGAAUGGGACAGACCAAGUAACAUCUUAUUAAAUGGGAAAAAAAGUAAUGACAGUAUACUGAAAGUAGAGAAUGUCUCGUUCCAUGACAAAGGAGUUUAUCGCUGCACGGCCAAGAACUUUUUGGGAACAGACUCUCACGAUUUUCAUGUUAUAGUUCAAGAGCCUCCUCGCUGGUCAAAGAGACCUCAGAGUGGUGUGUACAGCACUGGGAGCAGCUGCAUAUUGAUGUGCGAGGCGGAGGGAGAACCACAACCCACAAUCAAGUGGAGAGUGAAUGGCGCCCCUUAUGACAAUCAUCCAUUUACUGGAGAUGUCAUCUUCCCAAGGGAAAUCAGUUUCACCAACCUACAACCAAAUCAUACUGCUGUGUUCCAGUGUGAAGCCUCAAAUGUCCAUGGCACCAUCCUCGCCAAUGCCAACAUUGAUGUUGUAGAUGUACGGCCCUUGAUACAAACUGAGGAUGAAGAAAGUUACGCAGCUGUGGUUGGGUACAGUGCCUUCUUACAUUGUGACUUCUUUGCAUCACCCGAGGCCCUAGUGUCCUGGCAGAAAGUGGAUGAAGCAAAACCACUUGAAGGCAGUCGGUACUAUGUCCAUGAAAAUGGCACAUUGCAGAUCAACAAAACCACAGAAGAGGAUGCUGGGUCAUACUCCUGUUGGGUAGAAAAUGCUAAAGGAAAAACUGCCGUCACCGCCAAUUUGGAUAUUAGAAAUGCUACACAACUUCAUGUUUCUCCUAAGAAUGUCCGUGUCCCCACAUCACUUACACUUGAGUUACAUUGUGCGAACAAAUGUGACUCACAUUUGAAACACAGUUUGAAGUUGAGCUGGAGCAAAGAUGGAGAUGUCUUUGGAACCAAUGGCACAGAAGAUGGCAGGAUAAUUAUUGAUGGAGCUAAUCUGACCAUAAAUAAUGUCAGCUUAGAGGACCAAGGUGCAUAUGCCUGUUUGGCUCAAACUUCUCUAGAUAGCACUGCUGAUAUAGCCCACGUAACUGUCCUUGAUGUGCCAGAUCCACCAGAAAACCUUCUCUUAUCUGAAAGACAGAACAGAAGUGUGCGGCUCACUUGGGAAGCUGGUGAUGACCACAAUAGCAACGUCAAUGAGUAUAUUGUAGAAUUUGAAGGAAACAAAGAGGAACCAGGAAGGUGGGAGGUACUGACUCGAGUCCAAGGCAAAGAAACAACAGCCAUGUUGCCUUUGGCUCCAUAUGUGAGAUACCAGUUCAGGGUCAUCGCUGUGAAUGAAGUGGGCAGAAGUCCACCCAGCCCACCAUCAGACCAUCACGAAACACCGCCCGCCGGCACUCCUGUACACCAACUUAAGAAACCCUGUUCUAAAAAUGCCUUCAUCAUGAACAGCUUUAUGGAGCCUUUGAAAUCCAUGGAACAAAAUGGACCAGGACUAGAGUACAGAGUGACCUGGAAGCCCCAGGGUGCCUCAAUGGAAUGGGAAGAAGAAACGGUCACAAACCACACCUUGCGGGUGAUGACACCUACUGUCUACGCUCCAUAUGAUGUCCAAGUUCAAGCCAUCAAUCAACUGGGUGCUGGGCCAGAACCUCAGUCAGUGACUCUCUAUUCUGGAGAAGACUAUCCUGAUAUAGCUCCAGUGAUUCAAAAAGUGGAUGUUAUAAACAGCACUGUAGUUAAAGUUACCUGGUCAACAAUUCCAAAGGACCGAGUGCAUGGACAUCUGAAAGGAUAUCAGAUUACUUGGUGGAAAACAAAAAGUCUGUCGGAUGGAAGGGCACAACCCAAAAAGGAAAACAUCCUCCGAUUUCCAGGACCAAGGACUUAUGGAAUGGUUCCUUCCUUAGAGGCCUUUAGUGAAUUUUACUUAACCAUCUUAGCCUAUAAUUCCAAAGGAGCUGGUCCAGAAAGUGAGCCUCAUGUAUUUCAAACUCCAGAAGGAGUACCUGAACAGCCAGCUUUUCUCAAGGUCAUCAGAGUUGAUAAGGACACUGUCACUCUAUCCUGGGGACGACCUAAGAAAUUAAAUGGAAACUUAACUGGAUAUCUACUACAAUAUCAGAUAAUAAAUGACACCUCUGAGAUUGGAGAAUUAAAUGACAUCAACAUUAUGACUCCCUCUAAACCCAGCUGGCAUCUCUCAAACCUCAACGCAACUACCAGGUACAAAUUCUACUUGAGGGCGUGUACAACAAAGGGCUGCGGAAAACCAAUCACUGAGGAAAGUUCGACAUUAGGAGAAGAGAAAUAUGCUGGAUUAUACGAUGACAUCGCCACUCAAGGCUGGUUUAUUGGGUUGAUGUGUGCCAUAGCUCUCCUGACGCUGAUCUUGUUAACGGUUUGCUUCGUGAGGAGGAAUAAAGGUGGAAAGUACUCAGUGAAAGAAAAGGAAGAUUUGCAUCCAGAUCCAGAAGUCCAGUCAGUAAAAGAUGAAACAUUUGGUGAAUACAGUGACAGUGAUGAAAAACCUCUCAAAGGAAGCCUUCGGUCCCUCAACAGGAAUAUCCAGGCCACAGAAAGUGCUGACAGCUUAGUGGAGUACGGAGAAGGCGAUCAUGGUCUGUUUAAUGAAGAUGGAUCAUUCAUUGGGGCUUAUGCUGGUUCUAAGGAGAAAGGGUCUGUUGAAAGCAAUGGAAGUUCUACAGCAACAUUUCCACUCCGGGCAUAAACACUGCACAUGUAGACAGAAUCAAUGGUUCACACCAACCUUCCAUAGUUAUCUGUACCAGGGAGCAAUGACACUUGCAUCGGAAUAAAAAAAUGCUGUCAGAUUUCAUCCAGAAUUCAAGAAAUUUACAAUUGUAUUGAGAAAAAUAGCACUGCCUUGAAAGAAUAAAAUACCAAGUACUUCAGGCCUUUUAAAAAAAUUUACAGGUGCUCAAAAUGCAGAACACAAAAUAAAUCCUAUCUUUAGAUUCACCUCAAUUGAAUCCAAAGUACCCAUUCAGUGUACUCCAUAUUUACCUGGUUUUAUUGUUCAGUGUGUUUGCAUAGAUGUUGCUACCUUGUGGGAUAUUCUCUGUGUGCACAUAAGUACUCAGUCUCUGAGAACUUUCUUGGUGACGGUACUCCACUAGAGGUUAAAAGACGGUAAGCAAACUCAUUAUUUAAUAUAUGAAAAGGAAUGUAUUGUUAAAACAGUUCACUGAAUAUAUACAGCCUAACUUUAUUAUUUAAAUUUUGAGUAGAAAAGUCUUCAGUGAACAAUUGACUAGUAUUUAUUGAACUCCUAUUUGUUCAGAGAUGGUCAUGUUUAAACAGAAAUGUAAUGCUUUUCAGUUCCAAUGUGGAUUUUAUAUUUCUGUCAGUUUUGCUGUCAACAGACACCUCCCUCUCCCCCCACCCUUGGACUAAACUCAGCUGCAAAGGAAGUGGUGGUCAGAAGGUGAUCUUUUAAAAACCAUAGGUGUGAGGUGUCCAUUAUUAUUCUGGCAUCUAAUUAUCUGUUUACAUGUCCAUUUCUAAAUUGACUGCUUUGACCUUUUCCCCUGUGUUUAUAUAAUGGUAUGCUUGCAUAUAUUUUAUGAAUGCCUUGUACAUAUUAUGUUAAUAUUUACAUGAUUUAAACUAUAGAUUUUUUCAUUUUGAAGUGAGAGAGAGAACAUUAACAGGCAUGUUUGUACAGCUAGAGUAAGAUAUCUUUUCUCAUCCAGUUAUAGCUACCACAAAAACACAAGAUAUAAAACUGAAGACUGUAUAAAGUAUUUGGAAUUGGUUCCUAUAUUGCUUUUCUCAACAGUCUCAAAAUAAAACAUCAGAUAAAUAUUUAGGGAAAUGCUUUCAUAUUUUUUAAUAUAAGGUUUGGUUGAUGAGCAUGUUUCUAACCCAACUCCAAGAAAAGAAAAAGAACAUUGUUUACAGUAAAAAUUCCUCAGCAUGUUUGGGAUGUCUUUAGAAUCUGUUUGUUUGCUUGUGUGUUUUCCUUAUAUUGGCCUUCUGUCAAAGUCAGUGUAAAUUUAGGAAACUUAUUUCCUGGUAUGUGGGCUACUAGUUUUUAAAAAAAUUUACAUGAGACUUCUUAGAAAUAUUAUAAAAUCUUAUGUAUAUGUACAAGUAAAAUGCAGCAUUCAAUUUAUCAUUUUAUGGAAACAUUUAAAAAAAAUUAUGUUUCAGUGAAAUUGACACAGAUUUGACUUUAUUUUCUGGACUACGAUAAUGGGUGUGAAUUGUUAAAUAUUUGACUUUGAUUUAUAUCAUUACUACAUUUCUUGUGGACCAGGAUUCGGGUGGACACAAUGACCAAUGGAGUAAUGAAGUAGAAUAUGUCAUUUUCUUUUAUUAACUUCAUGUGCUCUUCAAAAUGAAUAAGCAAAAAAUGAAUGUCUUAUUUAAAACAAAACUUAAUGGACUCGCUAUUGGACCAAACUCAUUGUUAGCAAUUCAAUGGGAGAUGGCGUCUUCGUUUUCUGUUUGAGCUUAUGGAGCCAUAUGUCAAGCAGUGCAACUCGAGCUUCAUCCUUCUCUUUCACCUUCCUUUGUCCUGCGCUUUCACACUCCUUCGUCCACAACUUUUCCAUCGGAAAACUAUCAUCCUGGCAGCUGCAGAUUAGGCCAGGGUUGGGAUUGCUAUUUCUUUUAGUUUCUUUUCAACCAGAAGGUGAUUUUGAAAGACUCACAUGAGGUGGAAAUAAUUUCAAAUAACCAUCAGCAGUAGAAUUGGUAGACAUUUGAUACUUUUAAAAAUUAGAUGUUAAUUCUGAAAUACUGAAAUUUUUACUCUUCCUAGACCUCAGUGCUCACUUUUAGUUGAAAAACAAGGUUAAGAAACCGAUUGCCUCUGCUGCUUACACUGUCUGAAUGGGCAAACUUAGACCUAUGAAAACUGAGAUUAAACAGUGACUACCUUAUGUUUUUUAAAUGUUAUUUUACUUCUACUGGGGAUCUUCAGUACAGGAGAAAUACAUUCCAUGACUCUCCCCGAUUAUGAUAAUCUAAUUGCUUAUUGAUUUGUGACUUGAGUAAGCUUUAAUGAAAACAGAGAUUCAACCAUUUAAAAUGCAGUUUGUUCUUUUCCCUCAGAAUCUCGGCAACAGCUCACGAUGUUCAGUGGUGACUAUAACUAUUUGUACAGGCAAUCCUUAUAACUUUGUUCUUAAUUGAUUUUACACUAACUUUCUCUAGUCUGGUGUCAAUAUUAUUUCAUGUAAUAGACUGUAGAUAAUCUUAAGGAUGUUUUAUAGGCAUGAGUUCUGCAGAGUUGUCCAAGGGGUGUCCAAUUUUAGAUCUCUUCCUGGUUCCAGCACUGAUUUUGUACAUAAGUGUCAGAUUAGAUGCUUAACCCUUUGCUUUGAAUGGUCACAAUAAUAAAGUGCUAAUGAUUCCCACAGUUACCUUAUCUUUGUCACAGGGUUUUCUUUUUUACAAAGAACAAAAUUGAAAAUGGUAAAAGCUAAGAUGCCUUUUAACUUCAUAAACCUUUAAUCUAAUCAUCCUUCUAAAAUUCACCCCACCUAUCAAUCGGUACACUUUUCCUGUAAACACAUAAAUGUAUUUUUAUAGAAAAAUUAACCUACAGGAAAUAAAAGAAAUCUACUGUUCAAUGGGCAGUACGAUUUGCACAUGCCAUUGAAAGUUAUUAAUCAGAAGAAAAUGAAGCAGGGUCUUUGCUAUACAAAAAUGUUUUUCACUAAUUUUGCAUGCAUAUUUCUAAGACAAUGAGAAUUGGAUGGAUUUAUUCUACUGGUGCAAAGGCAUCUGAUAUUUUAGAUGUGCCCAUGUUUAUAAAAAUGUAGAGCACAAUGAAGUUAUGCUGGAAAUCUCAAAUAAUAUUUUUGUUCCUAUUUUGUACUCACGGAAGAGAUACACUGAAGAGAGAACCAUGAGGAAUGUUGGUGUGUUUUUCUAAGCAUUUAAACAUAAUUGCCAAUUGAAACCCUAAGUAUGUUUACAUGUCAUUCAGUAUGAUUCUUGUAGCAAUUUAAAGUUGACUAUAAAGGGAUUGGGGUUGUAAUCUGUGUUAGUAUAUAUCCUAAAAUUCCUGUACUGAAAUAAAUAGGGUUGAGCCAAAGCUUACAUUGUUUUAUAUGGUAAAUUCUUUGAUAAUGUCAUCAGAAGUAAUGGGUAAAUAGAAAAGGUUCCCCUGAUAGUUUUUGCUUAUUUGUUUGGAUUAAUAUUCUGAGUAGAACCUUAUUGGAAAGUGUUUGUAUCGUAGGUGGUGUUUGUAUUAUGCUCUGGAUAUAUAUGGUUUCCAAUAUUUUCAUUAUACAUGAAAUUCAACUUUCCAAAUAAAAGUCCAACUUCAUAUACUAUAAA